AUGGCGUUGCCUGCAAGACUGCUAGGGAGGCUUGCCACCAAAUCACCGAACGAUAUCGUCCUGCUAUCUGCUGUACGAAGUCCAAUUACAAGGUCGUUUAAGGGCGGUUUCAAGGAUGCUUGGCCUGAAGAUAUUCUCAUGCCGGUGAUGAGGGCCGCCGUGACGCGUGCCGGCAUUGAACCUGGGGAUGUCCAAGAUGUGCUCAUCGGAAAUGUUCUGGCCGAGCUUGGAUUUGCGAAAACGGGCCGAAUGGCCUUGAAUCAUGCAGGGUUUCCAGUCACCACCACGUUUCACACUGUCAACAGGCAAUGCUCGAGCAGCUUGCAGGCUAUUACCCAUAUUUCGCACGCCAUUCUAGCCGGACAGAUCGACGUUGGGCUCGCAGGCGGUGUUGAAAGCAUGACACGAAACUACGGAAGUCGAGGUGUUCCCAUCGAUGUGUCUCCUUCGCUCAAGGACUCCAAUGUCAAAAGCGCGAAGGACUGCCUCAUGCCAAUGGGGAUGACCUCCGAGAACGUGGCUACCAGAUGCAGUAUAUCCCGAGAAGACCAGGACGAAUUCGCCCUCCUGAGCCAUACACGAGCCCUGGAAGCCCAGCGGUCCGGUAAAUUCUCCUCGGAAAUCGUCGCCGUCGAAUGGAGAAGAACCGACGACGUUACAGGCGCAAAUACGACGCUAAAGGUUGAAGCGGAUGACACCAUCAGACCUGGCGUUACUCUCGAGAAACUGGCAAAGCUCAAACCCGCCUUCGGUGACGACGGGAGAAGCACGGCCGGAAAUUCGUCACAAAUAUCGGAUGGCGCCUCAUCCUGCAUUCUUGCCCGCCGAUCAUGGGCAGAAGAAAGAGGCAUCGAACCGAUAGGACGCUUCCUCGGCACAACGGUCGCGGGGUGCGAACCCGAUGAAAUGGGCCUUGGUCCUAUCCAUGCAAUUCCUGCACUCUACAAGUAUACCGGGAUCUCGCAGAAGGACGUCGAUAUUUUCGAGCUCAACGAGGCUUUUGCCAGCCAGACUCUUGCUUGCCUUCGGGCGCUGGGCAUCGAUGUCGAAAAGGUAAAUCCAAGGGGUGGCGCCAUUGCCUUGGGUCAUCCAACUGGGGCCACUGGAGCACGUCAGACAGCCACACUGUUUGCCCAGCUCGAACAAGAGGAAAAGGAAUUCGGGAUUGUGAGCAUGUGUGCCAGUACGGGUCAUGGAGUUGCGACACUAUUUCAGAGGGAGUAA